GAUUUAUUUUCGGUGGCCCCGUACACAUGAGAAGCAUGACGAAUUGGAUGCGAAGCAUGGGAUUGGGGGGAGCAGGCACUGCUCUUCUCUCCAGGCCUUCCAUGGCCGCUCUCUUCUCUUCUGCCUAUCAAAAACCCUUAUCCUUUGCUUUCCUCAGAAUAUCUCUCCAUUUUCUCCCUCCUUAUCGCUUGCUUUCAGCCCCGGCAGCUUCUUUUUCUUCCGUUCCUUCUCUAAAUGAUAACGACAAUACCCCAGAUUUUGUAGGGGACGAUGACUGCACUGCGGUUUCUGGAAAUGGUUCCAAGUUGCUUCUUAAAGGGAUGACUUACACUGAGCUUGAAACCUGGGUCCAAUCUCAUGGAUACAGACCUGGGCAGGCUAUGAUGUUAUGGAAACGCAUGUAUGGAAACAACAUUUGGGCACACCAUAGCGAUGAAUUGGAAGGUUUGAACAAAGAUUUCAAGAAGAUGUUGAGCGAACAUGCUGAGUUCAGGGCUCUUAGUCUGAAAGAAAUUCACGCAGCAUCUGAUGGAACUAGGAAGAUUUUGUUCACGUUGGAUGAUGGAUGCGUCAUCGAAACAGUUGUCAUUCCUUGUGACAGAGGCAGGAAUACUGUGUGUGUUUCAAGUCAAGUAGGAUGUGCAAUGAACUGCCAAUUUUGCUAUACUGGAAGAAUGGGCCUUACGAGACAUCUGACUGCAGCAGAAAUUGUAGAGCAGGCUGUUUUUGCUCGACGUCUUCUUACAAGUGAAGUUGGCUUAAUCACAAAUGUUGUCUUUAUGGGCAUGGGAGAACCACUUCAUAACGUUGAUAAUGUGAUUAAAGCUGCAGAUAUUAUGGUGCAUGAACAAGGGCUUCAUUUCAGCCCUCGCAAGGUCACUGUUUCAACCAGUGGUCUUGUUCCACAGCUCAGACGUUUUCUUCAUGAAUCAAACUGUGCAUUAGCUGUUAGUUUGAAUGCAACAACCGAUGAGGUAAGAAACUGGAUCAUGCCAAUAAACCGCAAGUACAAAUUGGAUUUGCUUCUUCAAACCCUUCGGGAGGAGCUACGAUUUAAACAUAACUAUAAAGUUCUAUUUGAAUAUGUGAUGCUCGCUGGAGUUAAUUGCAGUGAUGAGGAUGCAAAGAGGCUUAUUGGUCUUGUAAAGGGGAUUCCUUGCAAGGUUAACCUAAUCUCCUUCAAUCCUCAUAGUGGAUCACUGUUCAGACCAACUAAAGAGGAAAGGAUUAUCGAAUUCCGAAACAAACUAGCCGAAGCUGGCUGCACGGUCUUUUUGCGACUGAGUAGAGGGGAUGAUCAGAUGGCUGCCUGUGGUCAACUUGGUAAGCCCGGCACAAUUCAGGCUCCAUUGCUCCGAGUACCUCCGCAAUUCCAAAUGGCACUUGGAAGCACGGCUUGAAUCUUCAUUGUAUUUUAGAUUGUAGAUUAUAGUUGAUAUAUUCACACAUUGGGGCAGGCAACUAAAUAUGUAACUUUGAUGUUUCGGAACUUGUAAAUUCGUUUGAGUGAGGUCUAACGUAGUAAGCAAUGCCUACUCAUGAAUGCUAUGUUGGACAAGACUAGGGAGAUAGACGUAUUUAAGGAUGUCCAAUUCAAUGUUGUAAUUGUCAAUUUUAUGGUGAAUUUAUUUUCAAUGGGAAGAAGCCAAAUUUGCUCUAA